UUUUCCUGGAAAGAUAUAAAAAUUCUUGCAUAAAAUUAUUUAUACGAGCAGAGCACUAAGAAAACUAUAAAUGUUUUUUAAUACAACUCAAAAUAUUUACAUAUAAAAAGUAGCAGAAAAACAACAACUUCAUUUAUAAAACAACAACUAAAACAUUAAUCAUACGCCUCGAUGCCUCUUCAUUUGCUCAUCUGUAAAAAAGAAAAGGACCAAUAUCAAAGAGCUGGUACCUUAUGGGAUCUUUAUAUUGGAGCAUACAACACAACAAUAUCGAGUGAAGCUAAAUUCAAAAGUGUGGAGGACUUAGAUAACCAGCGAAAGCGAAGUUAACAUUAGAUGAAAUCUUCGAAUCGAACUGCGAAAAAUUAGAAACUAAAGUUGCUUGUACAAUGUCCUGCUGUUUUCAAUAACAAAUAUUAAACAAACAAACAAACCAAAAAUAGAAGAGAAGAGAGAACACAUUACGCCAGCACAACAAAAUUUGCAAUUUCAUUUUACGCCGAUUUCAAAUAUCUCCAUAGAAAAUACAAGGCAUGAAAUGAAUUCUAUCCCUGACUUGGAAAACAUAAAGAAUAGUGCCAUACAGAGACAACAAGAGAAAGUAGGAAUUGAGAAAGUUGAAAACUUUUCUAAUGUAAAAAAGACGAAUCCCUUCAAAAUGAAUAUUUAACCAAAAUAUUUCGACUUUAACUAAAUACAGUAACCACCUCAUUUUGACACAGUGAAACGGAUGGAAACCUAACCGGAAAGGGAGUAAGAGAUUUAUAUUGCAAAAAUGAAAGGAUUUAAUUUAAGACAAGUAAAAGAAGGUUUGAACAGCAGGCACAAAUCAAAAAACUGCUGGAGUCUUAAACAGCAGCUACCACUAAGUCUAAGAAAUGAGACAGGUGGUAAAACAACAAUUCAAAAAAAUCUUGUAAGUGAAAUUGAAUUACAAUUGAAAAGACAAACAUUCAAAUUGAACAUGGCACAGCCCUACGAAAGAUGGAAAGUGGAAGGUGGAGAAACAAAAACGACAACAGUAAUAAAAACAAGUUGUAAAUUUAACACCAAAAACACUGCCGAUUUUAAGUGUAUAAAACAAACUACAAUCAACACCUUCAGUAGCCCACGUUGCCAUCGUUAUUUUCAUAAAGAUAAACCAAACAAAAGCAGCGGAAACAAAAACAGCAACAGCACUUGUGUUAAUAAUACAAAACAUAAUUUGAUACGAAAAAGUACUGACGACCCAACAACCAUUAACACUAAAACUAACACCAGCACCAUAACCACCACCUCCAGUAACAGUAAUAACUACAAGAGCAACAAUUACAAUUAUUAUUAUAGCACAACUAAAUGUUUAAGUCCUAAAAAAACACACUUUUUAAGUUUAGACAAAACAACAACAGCGACAGUAAGAGCAAAAGGAAAAACAAUAGCCGCAACCAACACCUCAAAUUCAUCAUCAGCGAAAUCUGCCUUAAUCACAACUACCAACGACAAAAACAGCAUGAUUUACAACAACGAUUCAACCUCCAUUCCAUCUACAUCCUCCUCAUACCAAACCACCUUAAACUUAAACAACUGCAGCACAAAGUCGACUACAACAACCGCUACAACAACUCCUCCACACAUCGUAGCCAAAUCCUCGAUAUUUUAUAUUAUUUUGUUUCUCGGUUUUAUUUUAUUGUAUUCAUGUCCUGCGACGCAGGCCAUCCGCCUAGCAAAUAGCAUAACGAAAAGUUCUUCGGCCAAUAAGGAACAAUUGUACAUCGGCCUAAUAGCACCGCAUACAAAUUUUGGCAAACGAGAAUAUUUACGCGCCAUUCACACUGCCGUAUCGGGUCUUAACAGAACGCGCGGUGCCAAAUUAACAUUUUUCAAAGACUACCAAUUCGAACCAAGAAAUAUACGCUUCGACAUGAUGUCCCUAACACCAAGUCCAACUGCCAUUCUAAGUACACUGUGCAAGGAGUUUCUGCAGUUCAAUGUCUCUGCCAUUUUAUAUAUGAUGAAUAACGAACAAUUUGGUCAUAGCACAGCGUCGGCACAAUAUUUUUUACAGCUUGCUGGUUAUUUGGGUAUACCGGUGAUAUCAUGGAAUGCGGAUAAUUCGGGUCUGGAGAGGCGUGCUUCACAAUCGACACUUCAACUUCAGUUAGCUCCAAGUAUAGAACAUCAAAGUGCAGCUAUGUUGAGCAUAUUAGAACGUUACAAAUGGCACCAGUUUUCGGUAGUCACCUCCCAGAUAGCCGGUCAUGAUGAUUUUGUUCAAGCUGUAAGGGAGCGUGUAGCUGAAAUGCAAGAUCAUUUUAAAUUUACCAUCCUCAAUUCAAUUGUUGUAACGCGUACUAGUGACUUGAUGGAACUUGUUAAUAGCGAGGCAAGAGUAAUGCUCCUCUAUGCCACGCAAAGUGAAGCAAUCACUAUUCUUAGAGCUGCUGAAGAUCUGAAGUUAACUGGAGAAAACUAUGUGUGGGUUGUCAGUCAAUCAGUCAUUGAAAAGAAGGAUGCUCAUCCCCAAUUCCCAGUGGGCAUGCUGGGAGUGCAUUUCGACACAAGCAGCGCAGCUUUGAUGAAUGAAAUAUCGAAUGCCAUUAAGAUCUAUGGCUACGGCGUUGAAGCCUAUGUAUCGGAUCCAGCAAAUCAUGGAAAGAAAUUAAACACUCAGUCAUUGUCAUGCGAAGACGAAGGCAGAGGUCGUUGGGAUAACGGAGAAUUGUUUUUUAAAUAUUUACGAAAUGUUUCGAUAGACGGAGACUUGAACAAACCAAACAUUGAGUUUACGGCCGAUGGUGAUCUUAAGUCGGCAGAACUAAAAAUUAUGAAUCUUCGUCCUGGUGCCAACAAUAAAAAUUUAGUAUGGGAGGAGAUCGGUGUAUGGAAGUCUUGGGAAACACAAAAACUUGAUAUUCGCGAUAUAGCAUGGCCUGGAAAUUCUCAUGCUCCACCACAGGGUGUUCCGGAAAAGUUCCAUUUAAAAAUUACAUUCCUCGAAGAAGCACCCUAUAUCAAUCUCUCACCUGCGGACCCAGUUAGUGGCAAAUGUCUUAUGGAUCGUGGUGUCCUAUGUCGCGUGGCAGCUGAUCACGAGAUGGCUGACAUCGAUGUGGGGCAGGCUCAUCGCAACGAAUCUUUCUACCAGUGCUGUAGUGGUUUUUGCAUUGAUCUUUUAGAGAAAUUUGCCGAGGAGCUAGGGUUCACAUACGAACUAGUACGGGUUGAAGAUGGUAAAUGGGGUACACUUGAGAAUGGUAAAUGGAAUGGUUUAAUUGCCGAAUUGGUAAAUCGUAAAACCGAUAUGGUAUUGACCUCACUAAUGAUCAAUACAGAACGUGAAGCUGUGGUGGAUUUUAGCGAACCUUUCAUGGAGACGGGAAUUGCCAUUGUUGUGGCAAAACGUACCGGUAUUAUAUCCCCCACUGCUUUCUUAGAACCUUUCGACACUGCUUCAUGGAUGUUGGUGGGCAUUGUCGCUAUACAAGCUGCCACCUUUAUGAUCUUUCUUUUUGAAUGGCUUUCACCCAGUGGCUAUGAUAUGAAACUCUAUCUUCAGAAUACUAACGUCACUCCAUACCGAUUCUCCUUGUUUCGAACUUAUUGGCUGGUAUGGGCAGUCCUCUUUCAAGCCGCUGUACACGUAGACUCACCAAGAGGUUUUACCUCCCGCUUCAUGACCAAUGUUUGGGCUCUGUUCGCCGUAGUCUUUCUUGCCAUAUAUACUGCCAACUUGGCUGCCUUCAUGAUAACGAGGGAGGAAUUUCAUGAAUUCAGUGGUUUAAAUGAUAGCCGUUUGGUUCACCCAUACUCGCACAAGCCAUCAUUUAAAUUUGGCACGAUUCCUUACAGUCACACAGACUCCACAAUCAAUAAAUACUACAAGGAAAUGCAUUACUAUAUGAGACAAUAUAACAAAUCUAGUGUGGCAGAUGGCGUUGCGGCUGUUUUGAACGGUAAUUUGGAUUCAUUUAUUUAUGAUGGCACGGUUUUGGAUUAUCUAGUGGCACAAGAUGAAGACUGUCGUUUGAUGACUGUUGGUAGCUGGUACGCCAUGACAGGCUAUGGAUUGGCUUUUAGCCGUAAUUCCAAAUACGUCCAAAUGUUUAAUAAACGUCUGCUAGAAUUUCGUGCUAACGGAGAUUUAGAACGCUUACGUCGCUACUGGAUGACUGGUACAUGCAGGCCUGGCAAACAAGAGCACAAGUCGUCUGACCCUCUUGCCUUGGAACAGUUUUUGUCAGCAUUUUUACUAUUAAUGGCUGGCAUUUUAUUAGCGGCACUGUUGCUCCUGCUAGAACACGUCUACUUUAAAUAUAUACGUAAACGUAUUGCGAAAAAAGACGGAGGUCACUGUUGUGCUCUUAUAUCACUAUCUAUGGGAAAAUCAUUGACUUUUCGUGGUGCUGUCUAUGAGGCUACCGAAAUACUUAAAAAACAUCGAUGUAACGACCCCAUUUGUGACACGCACUUAUGGAAAGUUAAACACGAACUUGACAUGACUCGUUUGAGAGUUCGCCAACUCGAGAAGACGAUGGAUAAACAUGGUAUAAAAGCUCCUCAAUUAAGACUUGCGUCAUCAUCAGAUUUAUUAAAUCAUCAUCAUCUCAAAGAACGACCUCCUUUGAUGGGAAAUUUAAGUUUAGCAGCAAGCGCACAAGAUUUAUACAGGUGGUCAUAUAAAACGGAAAUAGCGGAAAUGGAAACAGUGCUGUAAAGUUCAAAAUACAAAUAGAAAAUCUGAAAUGCAGAAAAGAAGUCAAUGCAACACACACUUAACCAUUACUUCUGUCCGAAGCGACAACAACAACAAAGUUGAAAAGAGUUAAACGUUUUUAAGGACAACAAGAACAACCUUAUGGGUUUAAACAUCAAAAACAAAAGCAGAACAAUAAGGUCUGUAGCCAUAAAAAAAUCAACCAACAUUUUGUGUGCCAUAUUUGUAAGUUAACAAUGAAAACAACAUUAAAUAAGAAAAACAUAUUUAACAAUAGAUAAUGCUAGACCUAGUCGAGCAUUUUAUAUCAUCCUCUACUGAUACUCAAAACUAAACUUUAUUGUCAAUAUCUAUAACAAAAGAAAAACAAAUGUACUUGUUUGUGAAUACAAUGACUUUUGUAAACAAACCAAUUUCCAACUAAAAAGCAUCAUAAAUCUUGUCAUCUAAUUUAUUUAAAUUCGAGGCCCAUUGGACACCGAAAAUAAUAUAGAAUAGUUUUACAUAAUAAUCGUCCAACACAUUGAAAAAAAUGCUUUUGAUCAACGGCAAUGGUCAACUAAAAAGCUACCGAAAGUCAACAAAUUCUUAGGUUUUAUUCAUAUAUUAUUAUCAAAGGUUUAUAAGACAAUUGACCUUUGAUAAAUGUUUUUGAAUGGCCUUGUUCGUAAACUACUACAUAAUACAUACAUUUGCAGAUGCUCAUAAUCUAUAAAAAUAAUAACAUAUGGCAUCCCAACAAACACAAAAUCAAACAAUAAAAUAUCAAUUUUAUUUGAUAAGUAUUUGGAUGAAAAUUUUAUUCUAAAUUUGCAUUUAAUUUAAUAAAAUAAAUGUAUUUUUUUAUUUAUAUUGUUAUGUCUAACCACGGUUUGCUGGGAUAUUUUAAACAGAAAUAAAUGUUUAUGUAUUGUUUACGUAUUCAAUAUGUAUUGACAACAAAUGAAGAGUGUACAAGCCAAUUAAGCCAUCUCCAUGAUGAUAAUUUUAUAAAGCUUCAAAUGAACAUUUUAUAUUAUUCAAAGAUGCAAUUUUUCAAAAAAGUUAUAUCUUUGCGCAUAAAAAAAGUACUCCAAAUGGUGUAAAAAUUUUAUUAUUAACCCUUUAGAUGUGAUGAUACUUUAAUUUUACAGAAUUUAAACUUUAGAACGCUUUAUUAGGAAAACGACGAAAGUCACAAGGCCCAAAAUUUGUUAUUACACAAGUUGGUCGCAGAUAUGAAGAUGAAUUAUUUGACAAAAUAAUUACGCCAAUAUAAGUGCUGAUCCAAAAACUUUCGUAAAAGGUAUGAUAUCACAAUUUCAGGAAUACUACGUUUAGAACAAAAAUAUCUAAAAAAUACAAAAUGGACAUUGCUUACUUUGCUUCUAUGCUCUUAAGAAAAAAGUUUUAAGCGUGUGAUCACAUGAGAAAAUAUUGAACAAUUUACACACUCAUACCAACACACUAACAGACCGCAUCAUACACUUUAAAAUCAAAAUAGUAAUUUAGUAUACAAGGACACUACAAAAAAACUUUAAAGUUUUCAAUAACAUUCAAACAAUUUUUUUUUAUGAAAUACUAUCUUACUACCUAAUAAAGCUUUUAAGAUUGUUGCUAUUGAAAUCUUUAAGGUUUUUAACUUUUUUUAUUUAAUAAAAACACAUUCAAUAACAAUAAUAACUUUCAUAAUGAAAUUUUUAUUUCAUAGUUAAAAUUUAAGUAAAACCAAUUAAAAUAAAAGUCCCCAAAAAUAUUUAAUUUAUUUUUAAAUGUACAAAAUUCAGAAGCUUUUCAAGCGUCCCGGUUUGGAAAAGAAUUUAAUGCAAAUAUUAAUUUAAAAUAUUUUUAGCUUUAAGAACGUAAAUUAAUUGUUGUUAUACAUUUUUUAACUCAUUAAUAUUGUGAUCAUGUUAUAAAGGUUCACUUAAAAACACACAUACAGACAUACAAAAAACCCUAAAUCUAGAUUUUAAAAAUUAUAUUUUUUCUGCUUAUUAUAUUCACCGAAAACAAAACUACAAAUGCUUAAUUAAUUGAAGUAGUUUAAGUGUGAAAAAUCUCUCUCUGCGUAAAAACAAAUAAUUAUUUUAUUUAUUCUAUUUCCGAUAUUUUAAUUAUCCAGUUCAAUAACUGCCAUUUGAAAAAAAAUCAUUUAUCGAAAAAAAUAAAAUUAUCUUAAAUUAAUUUUAAAAACUCUUUCAACAUAAAAAUGGAAAAGAACACACAUCCCAUAAUUACAGAAAUUCCAUUGGUUUCAUGAAUAAAAAUGAUUUUUUAAAGAUGAAUUUAAAAUCUACCUUCAUAUUUGCAAACCCUGUCUAAUGCUGUUAAAACAAGGGCAUAAAUCUAACUUUGUUCCCGUACUUGACAUAUAUGUAUUUUUAUGUAAAUUUCCAUGUUUUAAAGUAAAUCGUUCAGCUAGUCACUAAAACCUCAAUAUCUAUCGGGUACGGAACUCAAAGCAAAAGACAAACAUUUAUAUAUACAGUGGAAUAACGAAAGACAAAAAAUCCCAAAAUAUGGAUGUAUUUUUUUUUUAAUUACGAAAGUAUUUUACAAUCUAUCACUCCGCCACACUACUAUUAUUUAUGUAUUAUACAUACAUAUGUAUGUUUGUAAGUACAUAUUGUUUUAGUAAAUAAUUUGUAAUUUGAAAUUUAUUUAUUUUGUAAGAAAACACAAAUACAAAUUAUGAUAAAAAUAAA